UGUGGACCUAUCUAGUAGGAAGAUGCCAUCUAUUGUAGACAUUUGGGGGUUUUGUUUGGUAGGGUACUUCGCGGGCAGAUUCCCCGGGUUAAAGGCCAUCCAUGAACUUGUUGCAAAAUGGGAGGUACAAUGCAAUGUGAGGCAACAUGAUCAAGGUUGGGUCAUAUUCCGCUUUAAAAGUGAGGAGGCAAGAGCAAAAGUUCUAAUGGAGGGGCCUUACACUCUGUUUGGUAAGUCCCUAUACUUGAAAACUCUAUCCGAGGACUUCUCUUUCAAUAGUGAAGAAUUUUUGAAGGUCCCCAUUUGGGUUAAGUUUCCAUACUUACCAAUGCAACUUUGGAGUGAAGACAUUAUUAGUGAGGUUGCCUCACGGGUUGGGACUCCCCUAACCACGGAUAGAAUCACUCAAGAAAAAGCUAGAUCCAAUUUUGCUAGAGUCCUAAUUGAGGUGGAUGCCUCUAAACCUCCUCCCCUCAAAGUGAAAGUCAAAAUGCCGAACCAAAAGAUCCACAACCAAAAGGUUAUCUAUGAAACCUUUCCAAACUUUUGUUUCCAAUGUAAAGUUUAUGGCCACCAUGCAUUUACAUGCAAAGUCAUAGCUGAAAUGGAACAAAAGGAGAGAGAGCAAAAGAAGAAAGAGCCGGACAACCAACCUGUUUUGGAAGAAAAUCCACCCAAGGCUGUACUUCCUAAUGCCGCGGCAAAGGGCAAGGUUGUGGCAAGUGAUUAUGCCGCGGCAAAGGGGACUGUGGCAAGUGAUCAUGCCGCGGCAACAACUUCGAACUCCAAAACUGAGGUACCAAUGAAGAAGAAGGACCACCAUCCUUUCAUCAAGGUGGUGAGGCUUAAUAAGAGAAGGAGACAAAAGAGAAAGCUACAAGAAGAGGGGGAGAUAUCAUCCGGCUAUGAAACAAAGGAAGAAGAGGAGGAACCGAGAAAAAUCCAAUCUUUUAGAGAAGUUUUUAAUGAUGAAGUGAUUGUUUCCAUGAAGACCGAGGAAUAUAGUGAUCCUAUCAUUAAAGUCCAGCACUUUGAUGAUGUUAAAGAACCAACUAUUCGGCUUAACCAUCUUUUAAAGAUGGUAAAAGCUGAUGAGGCCGGAAUAUGGUUUACAAGAGCUUGUUUGGAGAGUCUUCCCGGAGUAAAAAAGACAAAGAGGUUCUAUGGGUUUACAACGGAUUUCAUGAGAAGUGUAUAUAGACACUUCCUUGAUAGAUACUUUGAAGAUGGUCACCCGAUGGGAAAUGGAAGUAAAGUCAUGCAUCCUACUUUGGUGAAGAAGAAAAUAACACGGGUGGUGGAUGACAUGAGAGAGGCCUACAUAGAUGAGGUGAUCACCAAAGUGGAGUUUGAAGAAGGUGGAGGCUAUAAACUACACUUGAAGAACGUGGAGCACAUGGAUGAGAUGAUGACAAGGCUUGAUAACUACCUUGACAUUGACGGCAAAGGAACUAGAGAUGGAAUCACCUUUACAAAUGCAUGCUUGGAUUCACUACCGGGGGCAGUCCGCACGGAGGAAGGGUAUGACUUCUUCCAUUCUUUUAUGAUUAAAGUUUAUCCUCUUUUUCUUGAUAGGUACAAGGGAUGCGAGAGCUAUAGGGAAUGGGUGCAAAGAGAAAGAAAGAACAAGGAAGAGAACUUUGGAAAAUACAAGAAGAAGGGAGAGAGGAAGGGGGUGAGCAACAAAUAAUUAGUUUUUAAUGAUAAUAGCUUCUUGGAAUAUUAGGGGGCUGAAUCAAGCCUCAAAACAAAAUAGUAUAGCUAAUUUUGCACGGGUUAACAAGGUACGUAUUUUUUGCCUACUCGAAACAAAAAUGUCCUCUCUUACUUUUGAUAAUUUUGUGAACUAUAGGUUUAAUGCAUGGAUGUAUGUUACUAAUUUUGAUAAGUUGAGUGGGGGCCGUAUGGCUAUUAUUUGGGACCCACAUUUUGUUGAUGCUGUGGUUCUACAAGUGGACAAACAACAUAUACAUGUUCGGUUCACUUGUAGAGUUACACAAUUGUCUUUUUAUGUGACUUUUAUUUAUGCCCUUUAUACCAUUGUACAAAGAAGGGAACUUUGGGAGCAUGUAACUGUUUUGAGCCAAAAUAUCCUUGCGCCUUGGGUGGUUUUGGGUGAUUUUAAUUGUGUAGGUGCGCCAAAUGAGAGAAUGGGGUCUGCCCCCCCUUCGGCCUAUGCUAUGAAACACUUGAAUGACAUGAAAAUGCAAUCUAACCUCCUUGAUGCCCCUUCCACUGGCGAGCUUUAUACUUGGCAUAGGGGUGCAACCUGGGCUAAGUUAGAUAGAGUUCUUAUUAACUCUUUGUGGAGUAUGAAUAAUAUAUCAUGUAAGGCCCAUUUUUUUGAAAUGGAAUGUGAAUUUGAUCAUGUUGCAUCUCUUGUUGCUAUUGGGGCUGUGAACAAGGGGGGGUCAAAGCCUUUUAAAUUUUUUAACAUGUGGUUAAAGCAUGAACGUUUUCAUGACAUCCUUGAGAGUGUGUGGACUAGGAAGGUUGCUGGUACGGCUCAGUUUAGGCUUGCCCGAAAACUGAAACUACUCAAACAACCCCUAAAACAACUCAAUAGAGAUGAAUUCAGCCAUAUCUCGGCUAGGGCAAAGGAAUCAAAAAAAGAUUAUAAGAGAAUCUAUCAAUUAGCUCUCUUAGCUCCUUUAGAUGAUGCCUUAAAUGAGGAAAUGGUCAUUGCUAGAAAAAGAGCUUUGUUUUUGAAAGAAGCCGAGGAAGCCUAUCUUAAACAAAAGGCUAAGGCUGUCCAUAUUUUACAAUCAGAUAGGUGUACGAAGUAUUUUCAUUCUAUUGUGAAAAAGAGAAAUGCUCAUAACUCUAUUGCUUCCUUGAGAUUGCAAGAUGGAAGUCUUACUAAAUCAAUGGAACAUGUAGCAAAUGAGUUCAUAGCAUUCUACAAAGAUUUAUUUAGCAUGAAGGUUCCUAUGAUGGGGUAUGACCCAGGUGUCAUUUUAUCUGGAAAUAUCUUGGAUCAAACACUUGUUUCUGACCUCAUCAGUCCCGUUACUGAUUUGGAUAUUAAACAAGCCUUGUUUGAUAUAGGUAAUGAUAAAGCACCUGGUCCGGAUGGAUAUUCUUCAGCCUUUUUUAAAGAAAAUUGGAGUAAGGUUGGGGAGGAUGUUUGUGAGGCCGUGAGAGAGUUUUUUGAUACGGGGACUUUGCUUAAACAGGUUAAUCACACUGUGGUUGCUUUGAUCCCUAAAACUAAUCAUUCUCCAACGGUCUCGGACUUCAGACCUAUUUCUUGUACGAAUGUGACUUAUAAGAUCAUCACUAAGAUUCUUUCUUCCCGUCUAGGUCCUUUACUCUCUAGUAUUAUCAAUCCUGCACAGGGAGCUUUUGUUGAUGGAAGAUUGAUGUCUGACAACAUCUUCCUUGCACAAGAGUUAGUGAAGGGAUAUACUAGGAAAAGGCCUUCACCUAGAUGUAUGAUUAAGAUUGAUCUUAGGAAGGCUUAUGACACUAUAUCAUGGGAGUUUCUUGAGAGAGUAUUGUUGGAUAUUGGUAUUCCUGAACUGUUUGUGAGAUGGAUUAUGGAGUGUGUCUCAACUUCUUCUUUUUCUAUCUCCAUUAAUGGUUCACUCCAUGGAUGGUUUGAAGGAAAGAGAGGCCUUAGACAAGGAGACCCUAUGUCUCCCUUGUUGUUUGUUAUCUGCUUAGAGUACUUCUCACGGCUGAUAGAGAGGAGGACCUUGGAUCCUACUUUCCGUUAUCAUCCGCUAUGCUCUAAGCUAAAAAUAACACAUUUGGCUUAUGCAGAUGAUUUGAUGUUGUUUUCUAAGGGUAAUUACGCAUCUAUUAAGAUAUUAGUCGAGGCUUUGAAUGAUUAUGGGCUAGCUUCUGGCCUCAUGGUUAAUCAGGAUAAGUCUAAUAUUUUUCUAGGUGGUAAUAUGGAAAGUAGAAUCCCGUACAUUCUUGAGAGGGUGGGGUUUCAACAAGGAUCCUUCCCGGUUAGAUAUUUGGGUAUUCCGCUUGCUCCUCUAAGUAUUUCUGUAGCCCAGUUCUCUCCCCUGAUUGACAAGGUUACAGAUUAUUUAGAUGCAUGGAACUCAAAAACUCUUUCUUAUGCGGGGAAGGUUGAGUUGAUUACAUCCGUUUUGCAUGGAGUGCAAGCUUUUUGGAUGGGCAUCUUCCCCAUUCCGAGGGCCAUCAUUGAUAGAAUAACAUCCCUUUGUAGAAUGUUUCUUUGGGGAAAUAAGCAUGCGAAAGUUGCAUGGAGUGAUGUUUGUCUACCAAAAAAUGAGGGGGGUUUAGGGAUUAGAGAUGCUAAGGUAUGGAAUUGUGCCUUGCUGUCCCGAACCCUUUGGAAUAUACAUGCUAAAAAAGACUCUUUAUGGGUGAAAUGGAUGAAUGAAGUCUAUCUCUUUGGGAGAGAUGUGUGGACAUUUGUGCCACACACAAAGGACUCUAGGCUUAUAAAGACUAUUGGGACUGUCCGGGACUUGCUCAUAUCCAAGUUCCCUUCUCUAGACAUGGCCGUGAUUCACAUGGGCAAAAUGUCCCAAAAUGGGAAAUUGUCUUCCUCGAAAAUAUAUGAUUUGCUUAGAAUCAAAGGCACAAUUCAUCCUUGGAUGUCCUUCAUAUGGAAGAGUUAUAUUCCCCCCAAAUUCUCAUUCAUUACUUGGCUGGCCUUCAGGGGAAGAUUGGCUACGUAUGAUUGCUUGGGGUUUCUUGAUGUUGUUAACGUUUGUCACUUUUGUAAGGGUGGCCCGGAAACGGUGUCACACCUAUAUUUUGAAUGUGUAUUUACAGGACAGGUUUGGAACUUGAUCCGGGAUUGGCUUGGACUGACUAGGCAGAUGACUACGCUUUCAAGUGCGGUUAAAUGGAUGAAGAAGGAGCAAACUGGAGCCAACGUCAAAGCCAAAGCCGUGAGGCUAUCUUUUUGCUACACCGUCUAUUGGAUUUGGCGCAUGAGGAAUAUGAUUUGUUUUGAGAAGGCCAAGAUUAUGGUUGAUAGGGAGCAUAACAAAGAGCACGAUAAUGACGAUGAUGAGGAAGAAGAAGAAUGACCGCUCUAAAUAAUCAUUUUUUGUGAAGCAAUUUACUUUAUCUCAGUACUUCAUAAUGUAUUAGUAACUCUAGUGAGUUUGGUUUUAGAAUUUAUUCAUGGAGAUGUCAUUGAUCAGAUUGAUCAAAUUAUUUAUGAAAACUGACAGUUUGCUAAUCAAUGAGAUUUUAUUUUAGUAUUCUGUGUUCUAUCUUAAAGGAAGCAUUACUGUUGCGAGGUUUUAUAUUAAAUUGUACUGUAAUUUGACAUUUUAGAGUAUAUGAA